CUUCUCCUUUCAAUGUUUAUCAGUUUCUUGAACUCAAUCAUCUCAAAUUAAAGGCCAAUUGAAUGUCCAUUGAAUUACAAUUAGUUGUGAAUGUCAAUUGAAUUUCCACUGAGGUCAUGCGUUAUCAAUUCAUGAAUAUGCGAUUAAUGGUACCCUCCUUCAAUGUAUUACUUAAAGAGGGAGCGAGAGUGAAGACCGAAGAAUACGAAGAGAGGGGAGCAAGGGCCCUCCGACGACGGUGAUAUCGAUGAUAGCUAAGGUCGAAAGUUGCAUGCCAACACGAAGUUUGAUGCGGAUGAACUGGAGGAUCCACCAAAGGUUGAAGAGAAGCUUGGUGCUGUUCCAUAUGGUUCAUCCAUUGAUUCUUAUGUUGGGAAAUAUCUUUGCACCAGUGGUGAGAAGUUUGAGUUCCAGGCUGAGAUAUCUUAGCUUAUGGACAUAGGCUGAGGUAUCUUGGCUAAUGUCUACACGUGUGGCCAUGGCAAGGAACGAUUCUGUUGCUGGGUAUUCAGAAAAAUGGACCACACUAGAAGCCAUCUUGACCCACGGUUGAAGAAACAAGCAUCACAUGAGUGCUGAAUUCACCUGUCAUGUUGAAGUCAAACGCAUACGCAAUAGCACCAAGAGUGGUUCAGGCUGACAUGUGGCGGUGGGAAUUGCAUGAAAGGUGUGGGGCGUGAAGACAACGAUAUGUGGUGUGAUGGGUGCGAAAACCCCGUUGUCUUCCCGAGAGGAAGUUUCAGGCUAGAACUCGAGGUGUUUGACUCAACAGCCGAAGCUGCCGUUGUCUGCUUUGAUAACACCGCCCAACGCUUGACAAAGACCAUUGCUCAUAGUAUACUCACAGCAGAGUCUGGCCUGUCACGCGUCUACAGCCUUUAUUCCACUGACAUACAGGAUAAGUUCACUCCGGUUAUGGUAAGGAACGCUGAUGGAAGCAUUUCAACACUGCCGAAUUGUUUGCACUCUCUUGUGGGCAGCACUCAGACCCUCCAGCUUGAUUCGUGUACGUAUUAUGAUCAUGGCCAUUUUGAAUCCUUCAACUGCAAGAAUGUCCUGCUAGAUGGGGAUGUUUGUAAGCCCUUUGGUUCUUCGACACCUCCAUCGAUCCCCGCUAAAGACAAGGGGGUGCUACCCAUACCGACACCAGUUAAGCGCGUUGAAGCGGUCGUAAGGCCUGCUUAUGCAGAUUCGGAUUCAGAAGAAACAGUUGACAGUGACCCACAUGAAAGUCAGUUGGCUGGUGAUGGGAUUGGGGAUGGCGGUGGCAUGCGUUAAGUUUGGUCUAUGUGUUAUCCAAUAAGAUAGGAAGGCGUGCGAGAGUUUAUGCGUUUUUCCUUUUUCUGUUUCAUGUUUUUUUUUUCUUGGAAGACAUCUUUUUUCACUUCUUUUUUGCUGGCAAGUUUCGCCAAGGAAACAACUUAUGGUCCAUGGUUUAAUAAAGUUUAAGCACGCCCCUUUGUAGGCGUAUUGUCUUACAUGUUAUGCACCGGCCGUGUCAGACGUCU